GCCAGAUAGUCGACAGAACAAUAACCCUCCCAUGCUCUAAUUUGGGCCACCAUGUGACAUUAUCGCCCUCUCAUCUCAUAGUUCCCUCCGGCCGGCGCUAACGGAAUAGCCAGCUCCCCUCCUCCUCCUCCUCCUCGAUCCCGGCGUUUUUGUAGCAACUUCCGGGAGGCGCAUGGACUCGUCGGGGGCCGCGGCAGGGCCGGGAGGGGCGUCUUCGUCUUCGUCUUCGUCGCGGCCGAGCAGGUACGAGUCGCAGAAGCGGCGGGAUUGGAACACGUUCCUGCAGUACCUCCGGAACCACAAGCCGCCGCUGGUGCUCUCGCGCUGCAGCGCCGCCCACGUCAUCGAGUUCCUGCGCCACCUCGACCAGUACGGCAAGACCAAGGUCCACGUCCCUCGCUGCCCCUUCUACGGCGCCGCCGCUGUGGAUGCCGGUAACUUAGCAAUGGACCCCACCUCGACCUGCGGGUGCCCGCUCCGCCAGGCCUGGGGCUCCCUCGACGCCCUCGUCGGCCGCCUCCGCGCCGCGUACGAGGAGUCCGGCUCCGGCACGGCCGACACCAACCCCUUCGCCGCCCGCGCCGUCCGCAUCUACCUCCGCGACGUUCGCGACGCCCAGGCCAAGGCCCGGGGCAUCCCCUACCACAAGAAGAGACGCCGAAAGGGAGCUGCCGCAACCGACGCCCCCGGAGGUGAGUCGGCCUCCUCCUCCGCCGCCAUCAGCGGCGACAGCUCCGGUGGCUCCGCUCCUGGUGGCAGCUAGCUACUAGCUCUAAUAAUUAAAGAUCUAUCUCUCUUCUGUCUGAUCUCUCUCGUAAGCCUGCAUUACUUUGACGAUUUAUAUUCUCGAGGAAAAACAAAUAAUUAACUAAUCGAGAGAUUUUAUUUUUAUGCCAACUCUUGCGGUUUAAUUUUAGAACAUUAUCAUUUCUUUUAAUUAUCGUCUUUAAAAACACAAAUUUUUUCCUCCAUCUCAUUUCACAUUAUUAGUUUACGUAUCGACUAUAUUUUUUGGAGGAAAAAAAAGUUAUAAUAAUUGACAGGUUUGUUCUCUGAUGUGACUGGAUCAAUCUGACACUGAUCUGAUGCGAAGAAACAGCGCAUGAAGUAUCAGUCUUAGGUUUAGGUCUCUGGUUGAGACUCUGGAUAACGCUAGCUGCUGCCUUCUCUUUCAUUACUGAUCUCUUCUCUUGCCAAUUUGCAAUGCUCUCUCUCAUGAUAGUUAUAUUAUACCCUAAUGUUUCUAUAUCUUGUCUCUCUCCCUAUUUAUAUAUGUUUUGCAAGAAUCUGAAAUGUGAUGGAUCUAAUAACAUGUUUGCACAUUAAUUAUACUUCAGUAGUAUAUACACCAAUUGAAUUCUCGACCUCCUCCAUCAACAUGCAUAUAUCAUCAUUAAACUGCUAGCUGCCUCUGCAUUCCUUUUUCUUUUUCAGACUGGAUUUUAAUGUUACAGCUUUCCAUUCAUCACUACUCAGUUCCAGUACUAGAUUAAUUGUAAUUGUUGACUCUAGUAUAGUCUUGGUUCGUACGUAUAGAAUUAUUAAUGGAACAGCAACACGUUUAGCAAAGAGAGAAGUGAGGUAGUACUGAAUCAUACAUAGAUGUAAUGAUACAGCUUUCCAUUUUUCACUUAGCUUCUUGACGACAAAUUAAUAGUGUGCCUAGAGAUCCUCUCUGUCUCUUUUAAUUUCUUCCAAGACAAAUAAUGAUCUUCAAAACUUGCUGGGUUUGGGCAUGGAGUUAAUUUUGGUAGAUUAUUACUAAUCGUGAUCAAUUUUGGACUGGUUUAGAGCUAGGCAUGUGAUGAUGAUGUUUUAAUUUUAUGCGCAUAUGGCUUGGAUGCUAGAGUUUCUUGCUAGUCUUAAUAAGUGCCGAAUCAUGUCUUUUUUGUUAUUUUUUUUUUUCCAAAUUUGAUUUGGUUUGAAUAAUUAUAAUAGUGUCUUAAUUAAUAUUUUUAAGGAUGAUUUGUUAGGAAGGACGAGUACAAAAAAAAAAAACUUUCAAAUAUUUUUCUUCCCCUUUAAUGAAGCAAGGGAGUUCAUCUGUUUUAGAAGAAUUUUUUUCAUUUAUCAUGCUUUAUUUUAUAUGGCACUCAUUAAUUUGACACUUAAAGAAAUUUUUUUAAUAGAUAAAAUUUAAAACAUGUUUUUGUUUUUAUUUUGCUUUCUAGAAAUAGCUUGAAAAAUAUUUUCCAAUAAUUAAGUAAACUAAAAAAAUGAUUUAAUUUGUCGCGACGUUGAAAAUAUAAACAAGAUUAAUUAAAUAUUUAAUAUUAUGUAUAUGAAUAUUGGAGGUCGUUUGGAGGAUGCAUGAAUGACUCCUAGGAUGAUGCAUGUAUGACAUUUAUUAUUGAUUCAUGUAUUUGUGUAGAUAUAUCUUGGGUAUUCCUUAUAAAUACUCUAUGUAUUUAACAAUUUAGACGUGAAGAAAAGAUAAUAAGAAGUAGUUUACUCCCAUCUUGAGUGUUAUAGUUUUUAUGCUCUUCAUCUUCUAACAAAGUGGUAUCAGAGUACACCAUUUCUGUUUGGAGACAAAGUUUGAAGGAAAAAUAUCGAAUGGAACUCCAUUUGUUGUUCCAUCUCUCACCAAGGGAAAUUAUGAUAAUUGGUGCAUAAGAAUAAAGGCUUUGCUUGGAGCAUAUGAAACUUGGGAUCUCGUGGAGAAUGUCGUUGAUGAAAAUGAGGUAUCCGUCAAGAAAAGGGACCAAAAGAUGCUCACCCUCAUCUGUUACAAUUUGGAUGAAAAGAUGUUCAAAAAAGUUGUUGCGACAACUACUUCCAAGCAAGCAUGGGAAACUCUUCAAGCUUCAUUUAAAGGUGUUGAUAAAGUGAAGAAGGUACGCCUUCAAACAUUGAGAGGAGAGUUUGAAUCUCUAUGUAUGAAGGAUUCUGAAUCCAUUUUGGAUUAUUUCUCAAGAAUAUUGGUGGUCAUUAAUCAA